ACAAUUAGUUAGGCAAGAGAAAUAAUUCAUUGUUUCAAACCCUAGACCAGGGGUCUUGUGCUCUCUCUCUACCCACUGAGCUACACGGGCAGAUUAAUUUUCCUUCUAUUUUCCAAUAGGCUGAUUUAAUUUCUAAUUUAUUCAAAUUGGAUUCGUGAUUCCGCAAGUUGCUGAAUCAAUUUCUGCGAAUUGUUUGGAUUUCUCAUUUGCAAGAAAAAAAAAAUGGGGUUCAUAUGUGCGUUAAUUGAAUUCCUAUCGAUCUUCGCUUCAGCUCUUUCAAUCGGAUUGUUGGCGGCCACUGUUUUCGCUACCUUUAGAAGAAAGUAUACUCACAACCGUAAUGUUGAGGCGCCCGCUGUGUUUGAGGAUCCAAAUUCAUUGCAACCGGUUACUUGUCCUAAUAUACUUGAUCCUGCUGAAAAGUACAUAUCUUUGAUAAUUCCAGCAUACAACGAAGAGCAUCGGCUUCCGGGAUAUCUCGACGAAACAUUGAAUUAUCUUCAAGAACGGGCAUCAAAGGACAAGUCAUUUACGUACGAGGUGGUGAUUGUUGAUGAUGGAAGUGCAGAUGGUACAAAAAGAGUUGCUUUUGACUUUGUAAAGAGAUACACUGUAGAAAAUGUAAGAGUGCUCCUUCUAGGACGGAACUAUGGGAAAGGAGAAGCUAUAAGAAAAGGCAUGCUCCACUCACGUGGUGAACUACUUUUAAUGCUUGAUGCUGACGGGGCAACUAAAGUGACCGACCUUGCCAAACUCGAAAACCAGAUUCGUGCAGUUGCUUUGAAGGAGCGCAACUCUUCAGCUGAUGAUUUAACUCUAAGGAUCUCAGAUGUCCCAAUUGCUGCUUUUGGGUCACGUGCACAUCUCGAGGACAAGGCUCUAGCAACAAGGAAAUGGUAUAGAAAUUUCUUGAUGAAGGGAUUUCAUUUGGUUGUUCUGUUGGCUGCUGGUCCUGGAAUUCGGGACACGCAGUGUGGUUUUAAAAUGUUCACGAGAGCUGCUGCCCGGAAGCUUUUCACAAACAUCCGCUUGAAACGGUGGUGCUUUGAUGUUGAAUUAGUGUACUUGUGCAAAUUUUUCCGCAUCCCCAUGAUCGAGAUCUCGGUAAACUGGUCUGAGAUUCCCGGAUCGAAGGUUAAUAUGUUUAGCAUUCCUAAUAUGUUGUGGGAGCUGGCACUCAUGUCUCUUGGUUAUAGAACUGGCAUUUGGACAAUUCACUCGUAAUUCCUUACUGACAUAAUAUAUUACAAGUGUUGCAUCACCAUAGUCGAUUACUCGAGUCAUUGAUUUGAAAUAGAAAACUGGCGCUAUUGUCGAUUAACACUGGAAAAUCUCAUGAUCGAAUUGUAACCAUUAUACCGAAUUUAAUGUUUAUUCAAAAGCCAUUGUAUACUUUUGACUGUUAAUUCAAAAUUUUAAAGGUACUAGCGGAAUUUGUACUUAUGUAUGACAUUGAUUUGAUUCCUAUAAACUUCAUCAAGAGAGAUUAGAGUUGCUUAAUGGCAUGUAAUACAGUAAUAGAUACAUUUGAGUAUUUGUUAAUGAACUAGUAUAUUCUAUCCUUAU